GUCUAUGCUCUGAGAGAUCAUCGGACAAAUUACAAAAAAAAAGUGUAAACGGAUCAAGUUGUUGUUGUUUUUACUGAAAAUUAAUCGUUCUAAUUACGUGAUUCAAAGCAAAUUUAUUCACAAGACGAGGUCGUACAUCAAAAUAGAAGUUUCAUUAACCAAUUGCCGGGUCGUUUGAAUUAUAUAAUCCACAAAUAAUUACGAUGAUUUUAGAUUAUAUGUGAAGUAAAAUGUUACCUGUUUUGAUGUACAGUAACAUGGAUGGGAGUUCGAACUCAUUAAAUAACAGUCCCGGUAGUAGUUUCAAUAGUUUUUAUGACGAAAGGAUAUUGAAUUCGGUUAGGAGUAGGAAGAAAGUGAGUGAAUUGCCUAAUUGUCCUGUUUGUUCUUGUACAAUACGCCAAGGUGAAUUGGAUUCACAUUUGGCGUUAGAAGUUGAGAGACUUCAAAAGUUGUCGAGUGGUAGUAGUAAGCGUAAAAUAAGUUCAAAUUCGCCUAAUACUAGUCUAGCGGUUGCUGGUUCUAGUACGAGUACCGAUGUGAUGGGAGAAGAGGUAAAUGUCUCUGGAUGCUUAGGAAGUGAUGUUUAUCAGCGAAUACAAUCAAACCGUCUGCGGAGGCUCCGAGCGCGUCGCCGAAGCACUCCGCCUCCCCAGCAGGGCGAAUGCCCCGUUUGCAACAUGACGCUGCCCACUUCGAGACUGCAGCGGCACGCUUUAAGGUGUCUGAAGCGCACCGGUGCGUCUAUGGAUGAAGACGUACCUGACACUACCAGUUCGGAGGAUGAGAGCAUUGAUGUUGAGAACGACGGCCCCAGCAGCGGGCCGGGGCACACGGGUUUCGGGGCGGAGUACCAGUGGUGCGGCGAGUGGCGCGUGCGCGCCUCCGCGCUGCUGGAGCAGCCGCGCGCCGCGCCCGCCCGCCGCGCGUCCGCCGACCAGGCGCUCGUUGUUGAUGGAGACGAAGACACUGAACUGUACGGGCCACCACAGUAUUCUCCAUCGAGAAUUCAUCCUGAUGCGGAGAUACAAAUAACAGAGGACAAUCAGACAGACGAACAUACAGACAAUAAUGAGUACACUGAUGCUGAACAGUCAACCAAAAAUAGCAGUAAUGGCACGGAAAAUAAUACCAACGAGACAAUAUUAAAGUGUAACGGAAUGGUGGAGGCUAGUGCUGAGACAAGAAUACAAGCAUUAAAAGCGAGGAUCAAGGAAAUUGAGACAAAACAAAACGCAGGUUUAGUGAGUAAAUGCCUGAUAUGUCUCGGGCCCCACGUUUCGCCCGCCGUCUCUAUACAAUGUUGGCAUGUUUAUUGUGAAGUAUGUUGGCUCCAAUCCCUUCGCGCUAAGAAAAUUUGCCCCCAAUGUAACGCUAUCACAACGACUCAACAUUUGAGAAGGAUUUACAUGUAAUAUUAGUGUUUAAAAUAUAGAUAUAAUUAUAAGAAAACCGAACUAGCGCCCUCUAGCGGCAGAAUCGCGAAUCAAUAUUCGCCGGCGCGGAAUGGCGUACCAAUAAAAUAACGACCUUAUAACAAGUGUAUACACACACAUACACAUGAUCACGUCUAUAUCCCUAGCGGGGAAGACAGAGCCACCAGUCUUAGAAAGGACUGAUAGGCCACGCUCAGCUAUUUGGCUUAGUGAUAGAAUUGAGAUUCAAAUAGUGACAGGUUGCUAGCCCAUCGCCUAAAAGAGGAAUCUCAAGAUAAGCCUAUCCCUUAGUCGCCUUUUACGACAUCCGUGGGAAAGAGAUGGAGUGGGCCUAUUCUUUUUUGGAAUGGUGCCGGGAACCACACAGCAAAAUAUAACAAGUGUAUUUGAACUGAAAAUCCGAAAUCUUAAUGUCUCUUAACAGUAGUACAGUUCGCGGAUUCAAAUCGCGCUCUCUGAUUGGCUGAAAUCCAAAACAAAAAGUCUUGUAACUACAAUAGCGUACAGUUCAGUUCGCGGGUUCAAAUAACGCGCUCUGAUUGGCUAAAAUUCAAAAACAAAAUUUCUCUUAACAGCAGAACAAUAGCGGACAGUUCAGUUCGGUUCUUCAAAUAACGCGCUCUGAUUGGCUGAAAUCCAAAACAAAAUGUCUCAUAUUAGUAGUACAAUAGCGGACAGUUUUGUUUGUGGGUCUAAAUACUGCGCUCUGAUUGGCUCGCCCGCUUGAAUUUUUUCGCGCCAUACAAACAUUGGCGCGCUGGUACAACGAUGUGUAACAUUAUUGUACCAUUUUUUUUUUCUUCUACAUAAUAGAUUUAAUUAUUCAGUAAUUCUGUGAAUUGAUAUGUAAAUUAUAACAAUAAAGACGAAACGUUGAAAUGUUUUAACGAUAAAAAGGAGAAAUAUUGCUCAAAUAUUUUAGUAAAUACAUUCACUUUAUCUAUUAUUCAACCUACUUGAAAAUGGGAGGUUUUCAUUUUAUUUGUAUGUUUGUUACUCUGUUAAUAAUGAAUUAAUUUUCACGCCUUUUGCCACUUGUCCUUGCAUACUUUUCUUCAUUCAACCAUCAAUAAUUUUUAUCAUGCAAACUUAUAAUUUUUGUGUAACAAUAGUCAGCUUCAUGAAGUGAAAAUAUCAAGUCAAGCAACAAUUUAGUUGAUAAAAUCGACAGUUACUGGUAAGUAUUAUUUUAAAACAUACUUAUUAAAUGAGAAUAUUAUGAAAUAAGUCUGAAUUGUAUGAACAAAUAUACAGUAAGUAGUUUAACACCGUUUUAAAAUUCAAAAUUUUUAUUCAUUAUUAUGGGACAUUUCAACAUCACUUUAUCUUAUAUAUAAAAUUCUCGGUAAAAAUGUUCGUUUCCGUACUCCUCCGAAACGGCUUGACCGAUUCUCAUGAAAUUUUGUGAGCAUAUUGAGUAGGUCCGAGAAUCGACCGACAUCUAUUUUUCAUACCACUUAGUGAUA